CUUCUUAGCCUACUACAAUUACGACUAGCGACCUUUACAGUAACCUGCGCGUACACUGCAGUGCAUUUCCCCCGGACGCUUAGUAGGCUACUGUAGCCUAGUGCACGAUGAAAAGUGUCAUACUAUUACUUUUCUUUGCAAGUGUUGUAUAUAGUAGUUCAUCGACAGCUCAUGAUGGACCACUGAUCCACACCAAGCUGGGAGCCCUCAGAGGCGAGUACUUGCGAGUGAGGGGAAAGACAAUAGUGGUUCACUCCUACCUGGGCGUGCCCUUUGCUAACCCACCUGUGGGACCCCUCAGGCUGGCCCCACCCCAACCUGUGCAGGGAUGGGAGGGAGUCAGGGAUGCCACCAAGCAACCACCUAUGUGUCUACAAGAUCGACAGCUAUCUGUGAUAGCUACAAAAGAAUUAAGUAUGGCUUUUGAGAUCCCUGAGGUGUCUGAAGAUUGUCUCUAUCUGAAUAUUUACACUCCAGCGAAACCUGCAGAAGAUGCAAAAUUACCUGUCAUGGUGUGGAUCCAUGGUGGAGCGCUAGUCAUGGGCUCCGCCUCCUUUUAUGAUGGAUCUGCUCUGGCAGCCUAUCAGAACGUGGUGGUGGUGCUGAUCCAGUACAGGCUGGGAUUGCUUGGCUUCUUCAGCACUGGGGAUGAUAACGCCCCUGGAAACAUGGGUCUCUUGGACCAGGUGGCUGCACUGCAGUGGGUUCAGGAGAACAUCCAGAGCUUUGGAGGGGACCCCUCGUCUGUCACCAUAUUUGGGGAGUCCGCAGGGGGGGUGAGCGUGUCACUGCAGAUUCUAUCCCCAUUGAGCACUGGGCUUUUCCACCGUGCCAUUGCAGAAAGUGGCACUGCAGCCAUGGAUCUCCUCACUGGCAUACCGCCUAUGGACACAGCGAAGACUGUGGCCAAAAUGUCUAACUGCACUGGCACCAAAACGCAGGAGAUUGUUGACUGUGUGAUGCAAAUGUCGGCUGAGGACAUUUUAAACAUCACGAUGAAUGGAGGUUGGAUCUACGGGCCAGCCGUGGAUGGAAUUUUUUUACCAAAGAAAAUUGGGGACAUAUUUCAGUCUCAGGAAUUCAACAAAGUGCCUUUAAUUAAUGGUAUCAACAAUGAUGAAUGUGGAUGGAUAAUACUUGGGUCUGUGGCUCCACCUAGUUGGAAAGAAGGAAUGGAUCUUGAGACAGUCCGAAAAUUAAUAGCAGCUUUCUUUCCAAACACAGAAGAUUGGGCCAUUGACUUGGUUUUGGAUGAGUACAUGGGGAGUGGGGAGGACAGCAUCAAAAACAGGAAUGGAUUCACAGAGCUCUUAGCAGAUCUCAUUUUCAUUAUUCCUGCCGUCAAGCUGUCAAAGGCUCACAGGGAUUCUGGAGCAACAGUUUACAUGUAUGAGUUGCAGCAUCCUCCAAGCAUACUCUCGGACAAGCGGGCAAGCUUUGUCAAGGUGGACCAUGGAGACGAUCUUGCCUUUGUCUUUGGAUACCCAUUCAUAAAAAGUCAUAUCAAGAUUAAUGGCACCUUCACAGAGGAAGAAGACGAGCUUUCUAGAACAAUGAUGUCAUACUGGGGUAACUUUGCCCGCACUGGAUCUCCCAAUGGCCCUGGGUUGACCCACUGGCCGAUGUACGGUGCUGGGGAAGAGUACUUGGGGAUCGGCCUGAAGCAGCAGGUGGGAAACCACCUGAGGGCCAAGCGCUUCACCUUCCUGACGGAGACUCUUCCCAACAAGAUCCAGGAGAAGAAGCAGCAGCAAAGUGACGAGCUGUAGAAGGCUGAACCUCAGAUCCCCGCUGUAAUAAACCAAAUCCAGUCUUGUUGAAUGAUUCAAGACCAGUUUAGUGACUUUAAGCCGGCAACAAAUGUUCUACCAAUUUUAUAACAGAGAAUUGUUUAAGAUUUCUGUUCAUGGGUACGAUGAACAGCUACUGUAUGAGAAAGUUUCUACUCCUUUAUGUAAUGGUUAGAACAGUGUGAAAUUUUUAAAAUGUUUUAAAAGAAAGCUGCACAUUUUGACAUAAAAAUAUAGUUUUCAAUACAAAAACUCAUUUUGUAGGCCUAAAGGAAAGCACUUUUCAGUGGACAAAUGCUGAACACCUCAGAAAUGUUUAUUUCUUAAAACAUUUAAUUAAAAGACAUCCUACUCAAUUAAUUUGUAUGUUUACACUCUUUGCAAUUAUUUUUUAAACUAGGCCUGCCUGUUUCCGUCCUGUUGUUCAAUUGUAGGCCUAACACUGAAAAUCAGAAAUCCUUGAAUCUGCUUAGCAUUCAAAUUCCAUUACACAAUAUAGUUACAGUGUAAAAUUUCAGACGAGAGCAUGAGGUGCAUUUGCGGCUUGAAUUUAGCAGAUGCACACACACACA